CAGAUAUUGAUGAUUUUUUUGUUUUUCAUUUACAACGAUCGAUUCAAUUUAAUAAGUUUGUUUGUUUGUUUUUUUUAUCAAAAAAAAAUGUAUAAUUCAUCAACAUUGUUUUUGGUAAUAUUGACUUUUAUCUGUAUCAAUUCGGUAUUAUCAUCAGGUAAACCAUGGGAUCCUGUACCAGGUGAAGCUAAAUAUUAUCAAAAUAUACAUCAAGAAUUAUUAAAUCAAACAAAACGAUUUGGUUCAGAAAUUCAGGUCGUUUUUCUUGGUUCUAGUUCAAUUAGUGCUUGGACAUUGUUUGGUAAUGAAAUAUGGAAAAAUUAUUAUCAAAAACAUCAAUCAUAUAAUUAUGGUGUUUGGGGUGAUCGUACUGAAAAUAUUUUAUGGCGUAUUGAAAAUGGUGAAUUGGAUGGUUUACAGCCAAAAUUAAUUGUACUUGAAAUCGGUCAUUGGAAUAUUGCAAAGGGUGAAGAUAGUUCGGCUGAUAUUGCUAAAGCAACACAAAUAAUAUUGAAAAAAUUAUUGAAAAAAUUACCAAAUACAAAAAUAUUAUUGAUAAGUAUUAUUCCAUGUGAUCAACAAGAAGAUCAUAUGCAAAAAAUUGAUGAAAUUAAUAAUAUUAUUAAAAAUAAUUCGGAUAAUUCAAAAAUAUUUUAUCUGGAUGUAGCAAAAUAUUUUCGUAAUGAAUCUGGUAAAUUGAUUAAUGAAUUUCAUUAUCAUGGUAUGACUACAAUAGAUGAAAAAGGAUAUGAAAAGUGGCAUGAAAUUAUGAAACCAAUGUUUGAAAAAUUAUUACAAUGAAUGA